ACUAGAAUCUAAACACCGUUUUAAAAAAGCUUGGAUGAUUUUGUAAAUAGGUUUGCUUACCGUGAUAUCUGUGGAAAAGCGGCUACUGGAUAUUUCGUAGUGGAUUAUUUCUACCCGUUGAUGAAUUGAAGGGAGAGCGACUGCCAUGACCACAGACGAGGCGGAGAGCGUUCAUAAGAAACAGGUGUGCGAACAGCAGCAGGAAGAGGAGGAACCUGCUGCACAGGAGCCAGGCCCCGCUGACACCGCUCAGGACAGCCCCUCCAGCACCUCGCCGCCCCCUGGGGUCUCGGAGGAGGAACAGCAGCUGAAGCCGCGUCAGCGCACGUCCGCUGGCCGCGGCCUCUCCCGCCUCUUCUCCUCCUUCCUGAAGCGCCGCUCACAGUGCUCUGAGGGGGUGGAGACGGAGAGGGCCCGGGAGAAGAACAGCCAGGAAGAACCCAAAGCUCCCAUAGCGGACCCUGAGCCAGAACUGCGCAUAGAGGGCGAUGUUGCUCUAGACCAGCACUCAGUCAGCAGUGCUGAAAACCAGCAAAUCGUAGCGGAUCAGAAGGAAGACGCCGAGCUGGAGUCCGGUAAGGGAGAAAUGGGGGAGAAGGGGGAAAAGAAGGAGAAGAAGGAAAAGAAGAAAGAGAAGAAGGAGAAAGCAGAUAAGGAGAAGCCAGAGAAGAAGGAGAAGCCAGAGAAAAAAGAGAAAGCAGAGAAGAAGGAGAAAAAAGAGAAGAAGGAGAAGAAAAAUGAGGACAAGGCCAAAGGAGAGGAGGGAGAGAAAGACAAGGAACGCGAGAAGGAAAAAGAGAAAGUAGAGGAAGAGGCCAAGCCGGAAGAUGCAUGUGCGGCAGAAACAGAAGUAAAGGAGGAAGGAGAAAAAGAGGAAGAGAAACAGGAGGAGAACACGGUGGAGGAGGAGGAGGAGGAGGAGGAGGAGGGGAAGAAGCAGAAAGCAUCUCGCCGCCCCAGGAUCAUGCACUGCAAAGUCAAGCUGCUGGAUGAUUCUCUCUUCGAGUGUGAGCUGGAAAAACAUGCCAAAGGCCAGGAUCUGUUUGCAAAAGUGUGCGACCACCUGAACCUAUUAGAGAAGGACUAUUACGGUCUGGCCAUAUGGGAGACGCCAACCAUAAAGACAUGGCUGGACUUCACCAAGGAGAUCAGGCGGCAAGUACUAGGCAGCAACUAUGAUUUCACAUUCAAUGUGAAGUUCUACCCUCCUGAUCCAGCCCAGCUAUCAGAAGACAUCACCAGGUACUACUUGUGUUUGCAGCUGCGGAAGGACAUCAAGAACGGCUGUCUGCCUUGCUCUUUCGUGACCCUGGCCCUGCUGGGCUCUUACGCCCUGCAGUCUGAGCUGGGCGAGUAUGACCCCGAGGUGCACGGCACUGACUAUGCCAAGGAGCUCCAGCUCAUCCCAGGACAGACCAAAGAGCUGGAGGAGAAAGUCAUGGAGCUUCACCGCACAUACAGAUCUAUGAGUCCGGCUCAGGCUGAUAUGAUGUUCCUGGAGAAUGCUAAAAAACUGGCCAUGUAUGGUGUUGAUCUCCACCAGGCAAAGGAUCUGGAUGGAGUGGAUAUAAUGCUGGGCGUUUGCUCCAGUGGCCUGAUGGUGUAUAAGGACAAGCUGAGGAUUAAUCGAUUUCCCUGGCCGAAAGUUCUCAAAGUCUCCUACAAACGCAGCAGUUUCUUCAUCAAGAUACGGCCAUCUGAUCUGGAACAUUACGAAAGCGCCAUUGGCUUUAAACUGCCCAACUAUAAGGCCGCCAAGAAACUGUGGAAAGUGUGUGUGGAGCAUCACACAUUCUUCAGGUUGACGUCCACAGAAGCGGCCACCACUCCAAGGAAGUUCCUGGCUCUGGGAUCGAAGUUCCGCUACAGCGGCCGAACUCAGGCCCAGACCCGCCAGGCCAGCUCCGUGAUUGACCGACCCGCUCCGCAUUUCCAGCGCUCCGCCAGUAAGAGGGCAUCCCGCAGCUUAGAUGGAGCCAUGGUCUCGACCCCAGAUAAGAACGCCCGUCCCGUCAGCGCUCCUAUCAUAUCUCCCAUCUCUCCAGGCGACAUGGCUCCUUCCCCAGUAGCAUCUGCCGCCCGCACUGACCGUAAAGAGACGUCCACGCCCACAGGCCGUCCACGCUCCACUGAGAGGAAGAGUGAGGUGAAGGCAGAUGGCUCCAAAACACACAGCACCAAAGCAGAGGGCACACCUGAAAUCAAGAUGGUAGCCCGCCGAGAACGGCAGCAACGUGAUGCCCCGGUGGUGAUGGCCACCAAUGGGGAGAGAAAGAGCCAGUCGCCACGGGCGGACACAAAGAUGGUGCGCAUAAGGAAGAAAAGAGCUAAGAAAUUUGAGGGUGAAACUAUUUAUAUCAGACAUAGCAAUUUAAUGUUGGAGGACGUGGAUAAGACACAGACACAAAUCAUGCGUCAUCACACCAGUAUCAGCGAGCUCAAGCGAAGCUUCAUGGAGUCGGUGCCUGAGCCGAGGCCCAGCGAGUGGGACAAGCGUCUGUCCACUCACUCGCCCUUCCGCACCGCCAGCUUCAACGGCCAGCUGCAGCCCGACUCUCCUGUGGUGAAGACGAAAACGAUCACCAUUUCUGAUGUCACCAACUCCCUUCGCAGCGAAAUCGCCAGCAAGGACAUCCCGAUUGUGCAUACAGAGACCAAGACCAUCACAUAUGAGUCUGCACAGCCCAACGCGGUGUCAGAGAAGGAGUCUGGGAUGCUGUUGAGUGCUCAGACCAUCACUUCAGAGACUGUCAGCACCACCACCACAACCCAGAUCACCAAGACGGUGAAAGGCGGAAUCUCAGAGACCCGUAUCGAGAAGAGAAUCGUGAUCACUGGAGACACUGAGAUUGACCAUGAUAAGGCUCUUGCUCAGGCUAUAAAGGAGGCGAAGGAGCAGCACCCUGACAUGUCUGUGACGAAAGUGGUGGUGCAUCAGGAAACAGAGAUCACCCCUGAGUAACUCCUGCAUGAGACACAGAAAUGCUGUCCUGUUUUGUUUGUCUCGGAUGGUUGUUGACCUAGCUUUGAUCUCACAUCAACGCAGGGUGAAAAAACGGGACCAGUCGGGUUUAUGAAUGUUAAAAAACAACGCAAGAUCCCUCACAUCCAACCUCCUACCGUCAACCCACCGACUUCCCCUUACGGACAAACUCUUCCUGUAGCAGUGCAUGUCCCACCCAGCCAUUGCCAUCUGAGACACCACUUUCCAGACCCUAAACAUCUGUCAGAUUUCAAGCGUCGUACAGCAAACUGAGCAUCCAGCAUCUACUCCAGAAGCAGAAUUCAAAGACCAGUUCUCAUCCACAUCUCAACACCUCGGACAGACUUUUUCCAAAAAUCCUGCCUGACCUCUACCACAUCAAAGACUUUCCAUGACGGACUGAACCAUGUUUUCUCAAAACUUUUUAUCUCAAAUUCAUACGGUAUUUUUUGGGUGGAUUCCAAAGGGAUGGUUCACAAAAUAACAACUGGGCGGUGGGAAUUUUCUAAAGUGUCAAUUUGUUGUUGUUGUUGUUUAAUUUUUUUAAAGCUUAAUUUAAUAUUUUUUGCUGUUGUUGCAAUUGGUUGAUUAUCUGUCACAAUCUGAAGAAUCACAA